GGCUGAAUGGUGCUGGGGAGAUUGGCGUCCUGCAGCGCGGGCGACAACUCCAGUUGUGACAGGUGGAAAUUAUCGAUGGUGCAAAGAAACCCAGCGUAACUGAAGUGCCAGCGAUUUGCUGGGAAUUUACUGUUGUAAACCGCGUCGCCGCCAGAACAAGCCACUCUAUAGGCGUCAUACUCAAAGGAUAACAUGGAAAAAAUACAGCAAGGAGGAACUUUGAAUGCCGCAAGCCACAGCUUUUAGGCGCCCGUCCCUGCGUCAUCAUCACUCCACAGCUGGCUCCGAUGGCGGUCAUCCUGCCAGCGUUAACAUACUGCCCCUCCCACUGCGAAGGCCCAUUGCCAAUUGCCUUACACGUGGACUUCACCCACUUUGGAAGAAUCACGUUCCUCUGACGAAAAAGUGUGAGCCAAUCCUGAAGGCACAGAGACAGCGGCUCAAACUGCUAGCUAUCACGAGCGAAGAAUGCGAGAACAGAAGACUCCAGAACUUCCGCAAGGCGUCAAGAUCUCGGCCCUCUCCAAACACCGCCGACUUCUACAGGCUGGGAAACUUCCUGGUCAAGUUCGGGGCUUCCACUUGGUUUACACAGCGGCGUUGCUCUCCGAGGGAAGGUGGCCUACAGGCGAUGGGAUGGUUGCAUGUUUCGCACCCAGAACAAGGACACCUGGAAACCGUCUCUAUCGUCUUUGUUUCUCUGCCAUGACAAUAUUUAUGCAAACAACGAAUGCCGGUACUGAUCCUAUUUCAACGUACUUUGGUCGGUGCUCCUUUGUGCAAUUGUGCUGCAACAACGCACCUCUAAUCAUUUUCGGAGAACCCGCCAUGAUGUACCAGUAGUUAUGACGAUCUGUCGCUAAGCGAAAGUUUUCGUAUUCUAAGUUGGAUUUAAUCUAAAGGUCAUCGAAAUCUA